GUUGCGGCGGAGCGGCGCGCGCAGCUCCGCUGUGUACAAGUUCAGAGGGUUUUUAACUUUUAACUUAGACGGUCUCCGGUUCGGGACUGAGAGGUCGUGAGGGUCUCAGGCUCUGGUUCUGGUUCUGGGUCGUUUGGAGCUAAACGGAACCCGGAGACCGGGUAACGAUGCCGGGUCUGAGCGGACUGGUCCUCCUGGCUCUCUGUCUAAACCUCCACACAUGCCGGGUCCUCCCCGACCAGCUGCCCGGCCUCAGCACCGCGCCGCCCGGCAGAGUCCCGCUCCCCGACCCGCUGGGGGGCUGCGGGCCGUGUGAGCCGGACCUGUGCCCGCAGACCCGCGGCUGUAGGGCCGGGCUGGUGCCGGACCCCUGCGGCUGCUGCACGGAGUGCGGCAACCUGGAGAGGCAGACCUGCGACCAGGGGGACCGCAGCAUCUUCUACGGGCUUUGCGGGACCGGGAUGCGGUGUCUGGCGGACCCGCGGGGAGGAGGAGGGGGGGCAGAGGAGGAGCAGGAGGAGCAAGAGGAGGCGCUGUGUGUAUGUGAGGACCAGAAGGUGGUCUGUGGCGCUGAUGGAGUCACUUACAUGAACAUGUGUCAGUUCAAAGAGGCCGCCUUCUCCAGACCAGACCUCCAGACCAGAGGGAGGGGGCCCUGUAAGACCGCCCCGGUUAUCAAGGUGCCCCCCCUCAGCCAGGUGAACCGGACCGGCAGCCUGCUGGUCUUCCUGUGUGAGGUGUUUGCGUUCCCGAUGGCGUUGGUGGAGUGGAGGAAAGAAGGCGGAGCCACGGUGCUGCCCGGGGACGACCCCCACCUCUCGGUCCAGUCCCGAGGCGGUCCCUUGAAAUUCGAGGUCUCCAGUUGGCUGCAGAUCGAGGGGGCGGAGCCAGAGGACUCGGGGACCUAUCGCUGCGUCGCUCGCAAUAACAUGGGCUCAGUGUCGGCCACCGCUGUGCUGGGGGUACUGGGAGCAGAGGAGCUGUCAUCCUACCUGGCCAAUAGCGUGUCAGAGAUGAAGCACCUGAUGAACUACGAUCAGGACCUUUACUGAUCAGAUGUGAUGUCACUUCCUGUCACGUGACACCGUCGGACACUUCAGGCCAGUUUGUGUCCACCGAUUAUUAAAACAGUUUUUAUUAUAAAUGUUACUAUUGUUGUUGUUGUUGUUAUGGCACAGUCAGCAUGUUGAACAUGUUGACUCCUUUCAGCUUCUUUAUUUUCUCAAUAAAAGUUAAAUUUGC